UCCCCUAGAUCUUAUGUUUUAACGAUGUAUAAAUUAGGUCAAUAUUAAACACGGAUAAAAGAGAUUUAACUUUGAAUGGAUUUACGUAUUUCAGUUAUGAAAGUAAGUGCUUAUAAAAUUUGUUGCAAAAAGGCUUAACCAAGAGCCAAAUGUCUCAUAAAAAUUUAAAUAAUAGGUCAUUUUACUCAGGUCAGAUUUACUCAGUCAAAUACUUUCAAACCAGCUGCAGCCCAAUCUUUAACUCUCGCUGCUCUCAAGGUGCUGACAUGCCGGACUGUAAAUCCAUAGGCAGUACAGUAUCUGGUCUGUUGGUCUCUCAAUCUCUCAAGCCUGCGCUUCAUGUCAAAGACUUGUUGCUGAAUAUUGGCAGGUCCUUUAAACACGGGUGGAGCCAGGCAAAAGGGCAAUUACAAAUGACUGUUUUUAGUUAAAUCUCUGAGCUGCGUGCAUGAUACCACGAUAUUAGCAUAUAUUUUCAAGCAAGAAUUUUUGGGUUUCGAUCAGGAGCGGGAUCCUGGCAGAUUUGCUUCCCUCCACUCCCUCCCUGAUUCAGGACACAUAGCAUUUCUGACACUAAGAUCAACUAAAAGGGGUUUUGAAACUCUAUAGCCUCAAAGGGACUGAAUUAGGGGCACAGAAUUUACCAGUAAAGCCACUGGGGUGUUACUUCAGUUUCUGACAUUGCAAUGAAUUGCACGAAUUGUUCAGCAGAGAACAGAUCAUUCAGAUCAACAGAUCCAUGCUGUAUAAAAGCAUUCCCAUAUACAGCCUUCUCACCCAAUCAGCAUGUUCCUUUCUCUGUCCCUUGCUUAUCUAGCUGCUUCUACAUGCUCAACACCUUUCUUGCCUCAGCAAUUCCAUAUGAUAGUGUGUUGUAAGUUUCUAUCCUGUCUGGGUAAAGAUGGCUUUCUUAAAUGACCUAAAGAAUUUGUUUGUAAUUACAUUAUCUUUGUGGCUCUUUGUUUAUAUUUUUUCCCGCAAAAUUGAAUAAGAUCUCAGAGCCACAACAGACUGCAGACACUGGAACGGAAAACAAACUGUUGGAGGAACUCUGCAUGUCAGGCAGCAUCUGAAGAGACAGACAGAUGGUUGAUGUUUUGGGCUGAGACCCUGCAUCAUGACUGAUAAUAUAGUUGACACCUCCUCCUACAUCUUUAUAUUAACUAUCUCCCCUCUACCCUCCCAGCUGCCUGCCCUGCUGAGUUCCUCCAGUGUUUUUUUCCCCCGCUCUGAGUUAACACCUUGCUUCUUCCAGCAAUGCUAAGCUCUUUACUAUUUAGCCACCAUAGACAAAGGUGCAGACUAUCUUCUUAACACUUGUUUAGCAACUCAAGUGCAAACCAUCACAGGCUAGCAGUGGCUAAGAAAUCAAGCCCACUCCUACUUUAUAAACUGAAAAAUAAGCACAUACUCCUUUUUGUGUAAAAAAAAUAUAUGACUGCAUUCUGUCCUGUGUUCACUUUCCCAAUACACCCACAAGAGAUAAACAAGAUUCAUCAUGCUGCGCAACUGUUCAUUUCAGAAAUUUCAAGUUCAAGUUUGUGUUUGUAGUACUCUGUAGAAGAACUUUGCAGCAAGUUCCCAUGGCUUUUUCACCUGAAGAGAUCAUCUCAUAUUACCAUGCUGUGAGAUAAUACCUAAUUUUAUCAGCAUUGUUUCCUGAGUGUGCGACUUGGAUUUUAUUUUUCCUCCCCAGAAAACUAUUCCAGAAUAUUCCAUCCUUGAUAUUUGAUUGUCAUGGCUGCCACUGACUUGUCAUCUUUCUACGAUUUCAUCGAUGAGCAGAGUAUUCUGGCAACAAAUGAAACCUGGAUCGCUUGUAUAAAUGACACCGAUUGUUGGACCUGGGAAAUUAAUCACUGUUUUCAAAGCAUCAACAAGAGUGCUGUACUGUAUACAAUAUCAUUCUUUUACUUCCUGAUUUUUAUCAUCGGUUUAGUGGCCAACUUUAUUGUCGUAUAUAUGAAUGUGAAAGUGAAUCAAUCCAGACACGAAACACACUUCUACAUCCUGAACCUGGCCAUUGCAGACUUGUGUGUGGUUAUCACUCUCCCUAUAUGGGUCACUUCCUUCAUUCAACAUGGUACAUGGCCAUUUGGAGAGUUCAUGUGCAAAUUUACUCACCUCAUCUUCAGUGUCAACCUGUUUGGAAGUAUCUUCUUUCUAACAUGUAUGAGUGUGGACAGGUAUGUAUCAGUGAUGUGGUUCCAAGAUUCUUUCGACCAAAAGAAAGUGUUGAACCGUAAGGUUAUAUGUGUGUUUGUCUGGAUUUUUGCCUUACUAGUGUCAGUUCCAGAUUUAAUUUUCUUGAAAGUGAAUAACAAUAUUCAUGGUGAACCCAUCUGUCAUUUGUCUUAUCCUGAGGACACCUAUCGAGAUUGGAUGGCUGGGAUGGAAAUAACUUGCAUCAUUAUAGGAUUUCUUAUCCCAUUCCUCAUUAUUGCAGUUUUCUAUUUCCUCUUGGCAACAGCCAUCCCAAUUGCAAAUGACAUGGAGAAGAAAAAUAGCCGGAAGAUAAUAUUUACCUAUGUGAUUGUUUUCCUUAUCUGUUGGUUUCCUUACCACUCUAUUCUGUUUCUUGAUGUUUUGUGGUUCCUAAAUGUUUUAUCUUUCAGUUGUCAACUAGAAAAGUUCAUAUUUGUUUCUCUUCACAUCACUCAGUGUCUGUCUCUGGUACAUUGCUGUGCCAAUCCCAUACUCUACAGCUUCAUUAACAAAAAUUAUAGGUACGAUCUAAUGAAAGCUUUCAUUGUCAAAUACUCUGUGAAAUCUGGCAUCAUGAAACUCAAGGAUACCACAGAGACAGAGUGUUGCAUACUUGAGUGUUCCUAACGUCACCAUUCGUUUUUAAACAGGCAAUUCCUUCUCAAAGGCACAAUUAGCUACUGUGUCAAUUCUACUGAUUGAUUCAUUUGUGCAAUUUCUAUUGUAACCUAAAAAUACUUGAGAUGCUAAAUAUUUCUGGGCACCAUGAACAAAUUUCUAAUUGAGAGAGUUUACACUUGUAAGCAUAUACUUGUCAGGCCAGCCGGUGGCGUAGUGGCAUGAGCAGUGAAGGCUCCCGAGUUCGAAUCCAGCCGUCUCCAAAAAACCUGGGCACGGAUGGGCUCCGCCAGGUUUCAGAUGCCCAAGAUAUGCUGUACAAUGAGCAAUCACCAAAAAGAUCAGUGCAAAAAGCUUGUCAUGACAGCGCCCCGCCAAGUUAAUGUCAGAUUAUAUGGAGCCAAUUAGCCUUCAAGUUCACAUCUAAGCUACAUGUAUUGAUAAUAUAUACACAAUCUUUAUAUAUGUUUAUGAAUUAUAUUAAAUACAGGAUUACAAUAAUAUAAUAUGCUGGUUCGAGGGCUCCAGGUAGUAGGGGAACCAUCUCCUUCAGAGAUGCAGAGAUACAUAGGUUAUGAGUGUAGAAUUAUUUCUACUAAAAAAAUCUUAACUAUCUUUAAUAUUGCAAUAUUCAUUUACAGCAUGCUAUCUUCUGCUGAAAUUCCCUUUUAUAACUUUUGAAAAAAAGAUCAUACAUUUGUUUGCAAAAAAUGUGGAAAGAUGGUAUAUUCCUUUAAAUGGUGAGAGAUUGAAAGAUGUUAGUUUUCAGAGAGAGCUUGGUGUCCUUGUACACACUCAGUCUAAGUUUGUCAGCAUCAAUUCCAAAGACAAUCAGUAGCUUGGUAUUUACUGUAAGAGUAAAUAUGUCUCACAGCCCUACAGAUACAACAGCCUUCGAGAUGGGCAGGGUAGAAGAUGAGUGCUAGUCCCAUGAUUAAGCAUAUUUGAUUAAUGUCCUCUGGAAAUCUGAAGAAUGAAAGGUGAUCUCAUUGAAACAUGCAAAUUAUUUUGAAGCUUGACACGAUGAUUUUCUUUUUCUUUGCCUGGAUUUCAACAACCAGUGAGUGCAUUCUCAAAAUAACAAGUCAACCAUUCAAAGCAAAGAUUCUAUGAAAUUUCUUCCAGAGCUGAUAGUAAAACUUCAUAAUUCCCCCCUAAAGGGUUUGUGGAAGCUCAGCAGUUUAUGUUCAAGAGAGAGAUGAACAGAUUUUUUGAAAUUCAGGCAUCAAAGGCAAAGGGAUUAGUGAAGAAAAGUGGUGUUGAGGUUAAAGAUAGUCUACGAUGUUACCGAAUGGGACAGCAGACAUGAAAGACUGAAUAGCCUAUUCUUUCCUGUUUUAUACAUUUAUAGCAUUUCAGUGCAUCCUCAAAGUCCAUAGGCUCAGAGUCAAGCCAUAUUGCCAUAUUAUAUCCUUUAAAGUUUGCAUUUCUGCAUUUUUAUUUACUCCCACAUUGGUCCAGAAAUACUAUUAUGUUCAAAUCCUUCUGUGUCAUUGUACCUUCCUACCUUUGUAAUCUCCUUUUGAGGCACCCUAUUUGAAUUGUUUCUCUUGUUGCUAUUUGUGCAUCCCUUAUCAUUUUGCACUGUUCAUGGGGACCAUGCCUUUAGUUAUUAAAAUGCAAACUCUGAAAUUAGUCCUUAAACCUCUUUGCUUUCCUCUACUCCUUUCCAAACUUCUACAAAUGUUUUCAGUCACUCAUCUAAUAAUAUUUCAUUCCGAAAACUUGGCACUCAGCUUCUUUAUAAGUCUCUAUGAUGUUUACCUACACUGAAAUCAACUUAUAAAUGCAGUUUAUGAAUAUAACUAUAGGUAUCUGUUGAAUUCAAUGCCUCCACCCUAAUGGCUUUCUUCAUAAGUUAUUCAACAUUUUGACUUUUGUUUGAAAAUGAUUUACCUUCUUACUCCAAUAUUAUUUAUUUAAUUUAUGUCAUUGGUGUAUGAUUUCUUAAGCAUAGAAUAAAAGUUCCAAAUGCA